AUGAUGCGGCCGCUACUCACUCUGUUCUCUAGCGGCUUGUCCCUUCUGCCCGCCGCUCUUGCUCUCAACUGUUCGAUACCGCCGGUAUAUGUCGACAUUCACAUGCGCGCCGUGCAUGGCACAGGAGUUCAACAGUAUGGAUCGUUCUUGGGAAUGGGCACGCCGGCGCAGAACCUAUCCUUAUGGCCGUCGCUCACGCAGAAUGAGACGUCAGUAGCUUCGGACCAAUUCUGCGAACACAGCAAGCUGGAGAACUGCAGAGACAAUACUGGUGGCAUAGUCGAUGUCACCGAUUCGCCAACCUGGCAGCAAGACGACAAUUAUCAAUCCACAGACUUCACCGAAACGGCUUUCAACGACAGUUUUGGAGGCCGCGAUGUGAUGCAAAUGUACACUCACUAUUUCCGCACGGAUCCGGCGUGGCAGACGCUCCUGCCCGGCAUGCGCUUCACCAUGGCGACGGACGGCGAUAAAAACCCGGGAAUCCUGGGGAUGGGCCAACGAUCAACCAUGCUACAGCGCCUCUUUGAGGUGGGCAUGAUUGCUGGCCGGACGUACGCGAUGUACAUCGGCAACAGCUUCGAUCGAGCAGGCGGGAUGGCGAUAGGCGUCAACACGUUUGGCGGCUACGACCCGCAGCGCUUCACGGGCGAGGUGCACAACUACAGCAUGUCGACCAGCGACCCGAAUCCGCUGCAGGUGCGCGUCAGCGACAUCGUGCUGGACGACCCAACGGGAACCAUCACGCGGAACGUGUCGCUCUUCGACCGCUCGCGCUUUGCCAACCUCUCCGAGGGCUUCGACGGGUUCGACGCGCAGAUCACGACGGACCAGUUCCCGUUCCGGCUACCCAAGCAGGUGGUCCGCAACUACAAGCAGCAGCUCGGCGCGGUGCCGUCAGACUACCCGGACGGGUCGCUGCGGCUAUCCAGGCCGUUCAACGGAACCAUGACGAUCGUGCUAUCCGACGGCUUCCGGGUGACGCUGCCGCCCGAGAUGAUGUUCAACGUGUCGGGCAUCUCACCCGUCGCGGACGUGUCGGCGGAGAAUGAUAACGACGAUGAUGCUGACGAUGAUGCGCCGUUCCUGCUGGGCUCGGCGUGGCUCACGCAGGUGUACGUGAUGCUGGACUACGAGAACUACUCGUUUCACCUGGCGCAGGUCAUCCCCAUGCCCCUCUUCAACCAGCCGAUAACAUGGUGCCCGCGCACCGUGCCGCAGCCCGCGAAUGCGCAAGGCGGGCACAGAGGGUUCGCGGCGAGAGGCCUGAUUGGUGCUGUGUUGGGCGGCGUCAUCGGCGGGCUAGCGCUGAUGGCUGCGGGAUUCUGGGUGUACGUGUGGUGGGUGCGACGGCAACUAGAAAAGGAGGAGAGGCGCAUGUCGCAGGAUACCAUCGAGAUGACGAAGGCCGAUUUCGAGCAGGUGCCGAGUGAAUAUGGCGCGAACGACAGGGCGCCUUUGUGGCAGCAGCAGCACCAGAGAUGA